GAACGAGAGUCGGCUUCAAUUUUAACGAAGUCAGAUCUACUUCCGGUUUACUGCUUGAACGUUUUGAAACGAAAGCUGAGUUGCUGAAGGUCACAUAGAAAUGGAGGAGGAUGGCAUGGAAGACUCUGGAACCACCUCUUUAGGAGUAAAAGCAGGAAUUACAGAUCUGAAAGGAAAGAACAAUCAUAUUCGAGAGGACUUGUUGACAAGAUUGUCCCAGACGGAAGCUCAUUUCAAACAUCAGCAAAGAGGAGAAGCUGAUCUAACCUGUGAAGACAAAAGAGAUAUUGCCAGCGGUAUUCUGGAAAAAAGUUCAUCAAUAUUCUUAGCUCGAUUUGGAUCUUAUCUUGCAGCUAAGGAUCUGGAAUAUUUCAGAGACAAGUCGGAUGAUUAUGAAAUACAAUUCUAUCUGAAUCAGAUCCGUAAAGAGAAGAGUAAAGUUUAUUCUGCUAAUAGGGUCAAGAAUCGUCGUUAUAAAGCAAUGAAGCAAUUGAUACAGGAAGGAGAGUAUUUCAGUGAAGAUUCUAUGAAACAUCGUGAUCCCUAUUUAUAUGAGCAGCUGAUUGGUCAGUACUUAACACAAGAAGAAAUUGAAGGUCAAGUGGACAGAUCAGAUCUCCGAUUCUCAACAAUCCUUCUCAAACACAUGGACCAACUUGAGGAGAAUCAAGUGUUCAAAUUACAGAAAGACACAGAGGACUGUCAGUUUGAAGAAGAAGAUGAGGAUAGUGAUGAAGAGGAAGAAAUGGAGAAAGAAGAAGAGGAGAUUUCAGUUGAGAGGAAAUCCGAGAUGAGAGAGGAAAUGUUCAGAAUUAUGCAGGAGAGAUUUCUGUCGGGCCAGGAACAACAGUUUGACUACAGUCAAGUGGAUGAUAACACAGAAUAUGACGACCUUGACCUCCUUGAUAAGGAUGAAGAAGAAAAAUAUUUUGAUUCUGAGGAACCAGAGGAAUCGUCAGUUCCAAAAAUUACAGAUCUUGCCAACUCGAUGCUAAUAGACAGUAAUGGUGUCAAGAUAAACAGCAAUGUAACUCCAGGUGGGGAGGUAAAGGAGACCAACACAUGUGGUUCUGGGACGGAAACAAUGAAAACAGACAUUGGGGAUAACUGUAUGGAGGAAAAUGUAACCUAGAAUCAAAUACAAUAUCAUUUUAUACUAA